AUGACCCAGCAGCUUCCCCCCGAGGUUCUGAACCUCAUCGAUUCUGCACUCACUGAAGACCAAGCGUUCAACGAUCCAACCACCCAAACCCUCAUUCCCGGCCACGUAGUCGGUAGCGGCGUCCUCCGCGCCAAGGCCAUCGGAGUACUGGCCGGCGGGCAGGUCGCCGCCGCCGUCUUCCACCGCAUCGACCCACAGCUGGACAUAGAGUUCCUGCUGGAUGACGGCGCCGCCCUGGAUCCCGGACAGGAUAUCGCCACCGUUUACGGCCCGGCCGCUUCCAUCCUGCGCGCCGAACGCACCGCCCUCAACUUCAUCCAGCGGAUGAGCGGCAUCGCAACCGCCACCAACCAUUACGUAAACGCCGUGGUUGGCACCAACGCCCGCAUCGUCGACACCCGCAAAACCGCCCCCGGCCAUCGCUAUCUCGACAAGUACAGCGUCCGCAUGGGUGGCGGAUACAACCAUCGCCUCAAUCUGGCCGAUGGAAUCCUCAUCAAAGACAACCACCUGGCGGCCCGCGCAUCGUUGGAGGAACCGCUUGGCGACGUGGUUCGCCGGGCCAUAUCCCUGGCGUCCCAUACCAUCCGCGUCGAAGUUGAGGUCGAGUCCCUGGAACAGGUGCAUGAAGCGGUGGCAGCCGGCGCACAUAUCAUCAUGCUCGACAACAUGCCCGUCACCAUGAUGCAGGAAGCCGUUGGCAUCAUCGCCGGCCGCGCAUCCAUUGAAGCAUCCGGCGGUAUCACCCUGGAAACCGUGCGCGAAGUCGCCGAAACGGGCGUCGACCUCAUCAGCAUCGGCGGCCUCACCCAUUCCCCCGACGCCCUCGACAUUUCCCUCGAUCUCGAAUUCCCGCAAUAG